GCAAACACGUUGCAUCUUCGCGAGUCAAUUGGCUGCACCACUACAAGUUUACGCUGACCUUUCGAUUGAGCUUCUCACGUCGAGAUUUGCAUUUUGAGUGCGUUGUAGAUGUCUGAGAAGAUCUUCCGGUAGCCUACGCAUUCCUUAGCCCACACUGGGUAUCGUCGCUAUAUCAUGUCGAACCGCGCUUUCGAUACAUCAAAGCUGGGAUCUGGCUAUGGCUUUGAGAGCUUUCCUAAACAGAGACUGGAAAUGCCCCCGACUUGGGCUAUCCUCGUGGGCCUGACCUUCUUAGUAGGCGCGCUGUUGUUUUGGACGUACGUUGCCCUUACACUGUUCGCGCCCUCUCCUCGACUUCCACGACCAUCUGAGAAGCAAUACGAAACCAUAUUGCCUGACGGCACACGAAGCGGGCUGAAGCAACUGCCAUGUUGGCUGGACAAAUGGGCUGCCGAGAAGGAAUUGGCGAAGAAAGAGGCUGCGAAGACACCGGGAACAAAGGUCGUGAUACCGCCACAGAUGCCUAUCGAAGAGGCGGAACUGUUCAUGACUGUUGUGGUUCCCGCGUACAACGAAGAAGAGCGAAUGGGUGGCAUGCUGGAAGAGGCUGUGGACUACCUACAGAGGCAGUAUGGCUCAGCGCAUGCAGGCGAGAAGGGUGGCAAGGAAGACAAGGGCUGGGAGCUACUGAUUGUUAGCGAUGGCAGCACGGACAAGACAGUGGAGAGGGCGCUGGAAUUUGCCAAGGAACAUCAAUUGAGCGAACACCCAGUCCCAAUUGCUGGGCCAUGGACAAAGAACGGUACUGAAAUGACCCUUCCCUCCACCCAUAUUCCACAUGGUAGUAUUCGUGUCAUCACUCUGGAAGUGAAUCGAGGCAAGGGUGGCGCAGUGGUUCAUGGCAUGAGGCACGCACGAGGAAAGUACAUUGUCUUCGCGGAUGCAGAUGGCGCAAGUCGUUUCAGCGACCUAGGCAAGCUGGUCGAGGGCUGUAGAACGAUUGAGGAUAUCGAUGGUCGAGGUGUUGCAAUUGGCAGCCGAGCUCACCUGGUAGGCAGCGAAGCCGUUGUCAAGCGCUCCAGGCUCCGCAACUUUCUCAUGUACUCCUUCCAUCUUCUUCUGCGCGUCAUGACUCCAGCCGCAACCGCCCGCAUCAAAGAUACACAGUGCGGCUUCAAACUCUUUUCCAGGCCGUCUCUGCCAUAUAUCGUGCCUUACAUGCACUCAGAAGGCUGGAUCUUCGAUGUUGAGAUGCUCAUGCUGGCCGAGAGCGCUGAUAUUGCCAUGAUCGAAGUCGCGAUAGGAUGGAAGGAGGUAAUGGGAAGCAAACUCAACGUGAUCUGGGAUAGUAUCGGCAUGGCUUGGGGACUGGCGUUGCUGAGAGUAUGCUGGCUUAUUGGUAUAUGGCAACGGGAUUAGAGUAUAGUCAUAUCGAAAGUCAGUCGGCUUGGACCGCCCCGCUCGAUCUCUACCAUUUUUCCAUUGCUUCUACAAACGUUCUCAUCGAGAUCACGCUUGAAUCACGCCAAUCCGGUUAGCAAGCUGUACGUAUGAACGACACUGUAUCUUUACCACUUGCACUCAAGUAAGAAAAUUCCGAGAACCAUACGUCAGGAGGAAGAUUGAAGGCAUCUGGUAACACUGAGUAUUGUCAAGAAAGAAAGCCCAUCACGGGGGAACUGUAUUUCCCAUGUCAACGGAGCGGAGUCGUAUACUGUAAAUUACUGUGCUAUAUUCCCAUUGUCAACGAGUGGGACGUAAACUAAUAUUACCCG